CACUCACUACAGUACCAAGGAUUCGUACUUCUUCCUCGUCGUAGCGCAUCUCAUCGUACUGCUCCUGUCUUUGAACGUACAGCUUUCGUCUUUCCCAUAGCUGUGAAAGGCAGCAGCAGCAUCAGUAGCAGCAACAUGCCACCACAUCGCACCCGUCCCUCUCCCUCCGGGCUCGCCUCACACGGCAAGUCAAAGGGGAAAUUCAGCACCAAACCUCCCGCUCUUACUGCAAGAGGAGCUACUUCCCGUUCUGCUGCUGGAAGUACAAGUACCGGUGGGAAGCCAGCGAAGUCGAUGACUUCUCCCACCUCUGCUUCUAGAGGAGGAAGACCCGCUGCUUUCCCUACGAAGCUCUCUGCUGCUGCUGGAAAGCGACGAAGGGCUGCUGAGGAGGAGGAGGAGGAGGAGGAGGAGGAGGAGGAUGAGACGCUGGGGAGUGCUGCAGAAGAUGGAGAGGACGAGGAUGGAGAGGUUGGAACGGAUGAAGAGAUUGAAAAUGCAAUGGAGAGGGGACGCAGUAGUAAGACGGCUAAGCGCAAGCGUCGUGCCGUCUCGCCAACCUCCUUCGGUCAAACCCUCUCCGCCUUCCUAGGCGACGAAUCCGACGAAGGAGCCUCUUCUUCCCUUCCUUCCAGUGCUGUCCCUUCAACCUCUCAGAAGACCACUUCAAAGACACCCACCACACAAGCUUCGGUGCAAGGCCAGAGUCAACCACAAGCUCCCAUCUUCUCCCUCGCACCCUCCAUCAGCUCACGAAUCUCCUCCACCAAGCUCUCUGAAAAGGCCGCCCGAGUAGCCCUAGAGGAGCGACGUAGCCGGGAAGACCAAUUCAGGGUGCGAGACCUGAUUGGUGGGUGGGGUCGGCCGGGGGAGAAGCCUGGACAGAGCUCGGCACUCACGGCACGAGGUGGACAGGAAGCAGAGGAGAGUGAUGCUGAGGAUGGGGAGAAGAUGAAUGAGUGGUUGCGGGAGGGAGGAUCGAAGGGAUUUGAGAGACGGUUGAGGAAGGUGGCGCAACGGGGUGUCGUCAAGCUCUUCAACGCGAUCCGAGCAGCCCAGUCCACCACUACCGACGACGUCGAGGAGAGGAACAAGGGCCUGACCGCCGCCGCCGCCAGCUCUGCAUCUGCAGGAGGUGCAACUGCGGUUGUCAGGCCGGGGAGCAAGAAUGCGCUGGGUGGGAAGAGCAAAGAGUUGGCCGACCUCAGCAAGGCCAACUUCCUGGACUUGAUUCGCUCGGGAGGUGGUAGUGGCAAGACGGUCAAGGCUUGAUUGAUAGGUGUCCUGAGUCGAGCCAUUCUGGGUAGCAAUUGUAGACACGCCAUAGGCGGUUUAGCAGCACCUCCGUUCCUCUUCUUCAAACUGAAUAGGAUGACAUUUGAUACACGCAAAC